CGUGUCUUUGUAGCUGGGAAAGAGACCUCAUCGGGUGCGUCGACGCCAAAGGUGAUUGACAGGGCUGCAAUGUUCCACGAUAAGUAUUGGGCGCCCGAUUGGCACAUGGGCAUCAAAGUCCCCUAUUGCGGCCCGGUCGUUUUCUUGAGAGAUUCCAGUGGGGCUUACUACCCCUGCGGUGGAGUGAAGAAUUACGCCUUCGACAAACUGGAGGUUGCUGAGGAGUACAUGAGAUUUCACCUCACCACUUGCUUCGACGCUGAUGGUAACGAGGAACCGGACAACUACAAACAGGUGUCACUGCAUUUGCAGAAGUUCGUCGGGUACGGCAUGCGGGCCACUGAUAUGCCUCCUUUCGAUAAGUCGCGGAAAAAAGACGGAUCGCAGGUUGUGAUGCUCCGACCUUUCGACUUUCUCAAGAGAAUUAACUGCCACAAGGUGUCCAACCAUGUGUGCACUGUGGACAGCAAGUUGACACUCUCGACACCCCUCAUACCGUUCGAUAUUCAACUUAACGAGUUCGCAUCGAAGCUUCGGUCUUAUAAACUGCAAGCGUUGGGCCAAGCUAUUCUACACAGUGCGAUAUCUGUUGGGUCGCCACAUGGCGGUGGGGACCCUGGUGCUCGGCAAAACAACUCGGUGAAAAUUACCGAACGUGGCAAGGUCGUGGAGAAGUCAGAGCCUGUCCAAAAGUCUGAUAUUGCGCCACGUUCGCUGGCGAAUACGGUGUCCAAGCGGUCUGCGCCGGGUCUGAAGCGAGGACAAGGUCCAGCGGAAGUCUCCUCUUUACGUCAUGCUGGUGCCAGCGAACUUCCGGAGUAUUCUGAGAAGACGGAGGCGGACUUCUCGGCUAAGCAACAUGUGCUUGAGAGAAAUGCUGAAGGGAAUGAAGGACAUGACUACGAAGCAGACGAAGAGUUCGCUGGCUACGACGGUGGUGACGGUGACGAACAGGGAGUCGGGGACGGCGAGGAAGGGGGGGGAGACGAGGACGGAGGGGACAAAGAUGACGGUGGGGAUGACGAGGAAGACUGUGACGGUCGUCGUGCCCUCGGAGACGACGAUGACGACGAGGGAACUGGGGGUGGGGGGGCGAAGGACGAAGAAAGCUACGAAGGGGGGAGCGAAGGGGAGCAGGACGAAGCCAAUGAGCACGGAGUGUCUGUCAAUGAGUCUCGCAAAUCCGCCGACAGUUAGAGGCUUCGCUCUGGAGACGAGGCCGUCCUCAACACACAGAGAUCAGUAUGCUCGCGCAAGAGAAAAUC